AUAUUAGUACAUCUGGAAGGCUAGUCACGCUGUGGGGUUCAAACAGGUCUGGCUGGCCGUGAGCUAUGCUGCUGCUAUAAACAACCUCAGUGUCCCAAAUUGAAUGACUGCAGAGCACACCCAGGAGCUCUGGACACUCGUGUUCUUUAGAAGUAGGAGAAUCUUAAUGUUGACAGUAUGGGGCAUCAGGUGAUAAUAUUUGACUUUUCUCUCAUAAGAGGACUGUGGGAAACUCGAGUUAAGAAGAACAAAGAACGUCAGAGGAAAGAGAAAGAAAGAUUAGAAAAAAGCUCAUUGGAGAAGAUAAAGCAGGAAUGGAAUUUCAUACUAGAGUGCCGGAAGAAAGGUAUUCCUCAAUCAAAAUACCUCAAGAAUGGUUUUGUAGACACUGAUGAGAAGAUCUUGGACACUUACGGAAAGAAUCCUCAGCCCCAGAAGAGGCAUGCUUUGUCAGAUGAAGCAAAUAAAGAAAAAAACAAGUUUAUUUUUCGUCUUUCUGGAGAGCAGUGGACGGAAUUCCCAGAUUCUCUGAAAGAACAGAUCUAUCUGAAAGAAUGGCAUGUGUACAAUACGUUGAUACAAACCAUUCCAGCCUACAUUGCAUUAUUUCAAGAUCUGAGAGUACUGGAGUUGUCAAAAAAUCAAAUAAGCUAUCUCCCAGUGGAAAUUGGCUGUUUAAAAAACCUCAAAGUGCUCAAUGUGAGUUUCAAUAAUUUGAAGUCAAUCCCUCCAGAAUUGGGUGAUUGUGAGAAUCUGGAAAAACUGGAUUUGUCUGGAAAUAUGGAAAUAACAGAACUCCCAUUUGAACUAAGUAACCUGAAACAAGUCACAGUUGUGGAUGUGUCAGCAAACAAGUUCCAUUCUAUUCCAAUUUGUGUACUCCGGAUGUCUAACUUGCAGUGGUUGGAUAUUAGCAGCAACAACCUGAAAGAUCUCCCAGAAGACAUAGACAGGUUAGAUCAACUUCAGACGCUUCUCCUACAGAAAAACAAGUUGACUUAUCUUCCACGAUCUCUGGUCAAUAUGCCAAAGCUCAGUUUGCUAAUUGUCAGUGGUGAUGACCUGGUUGAGAUACCCACAGCCAUCUGUGAAUCAACUACAGGUUUAAAAUUCAUAAGUCUCAAGGACAGCCCAGUUGAGACUAUUGUAUGUGAAGACACUGAAGAAAUCAUAGAAAGUGAACGUGAUAGGGAGCAGUUUGAGAAAGAAUUUAUGAAAGCAUACAUUGAAGACCUAAAGGAAAGGGAUUUGACCCCUUCCUACACUACAAAAGUAUUACUCAGUCUUCAGCUCUGAAGAUCAAAAAUCUCUAAAUCACAAGUGAAUAUCAGAAUAAUUCUAUUUUUAUCCACCUGAAUAGGAAACACUGGAAAACAUAGAUGGCCAGAAGCACUUAAAAAUCAUCACAAUUUUUUUUAUUUGUUACUGUAGCUGCUCCCAGUAACUUCAGAUAAAAGAAGGAACAGAAGAGCCUUCAUAAAAUGCUGUUUCACCUUUUAAAUCAACAUAUUUAUUUUCAAGUCCACAGCAACAGCCACUAAUUUACGUAUGUUCCUUCCAAAAGUAACCAUUCAUUGUAAUAAAGUAUGGAUAGAUGCCCUCAGGAUGAAGACAUUAUACAUUGUAGUGGAAACAGUGGAACAUAAAUCAUCAUCUUAAAAAGAUAUUUUAUUUUACAAAAGGGGAAGGAUUAAUUUAGAAAACAAAUGUCAUCUGUUGCAUUCUUAAGACCAAAUAGCACAUUAAAUUCUUUACAAUAUUUAAAGUACAAACACAUACAUAGUUGUUUGCAUUUACUUUCUGCUCUUCAAGGAAAUUGUCCUCCUCAGGAUUUUCAGUUUAAAUAAGUAUCAACAAUUUUAUAUAUAGAAACUGUAGCAAUUCUGCUGGUUUUUUUUCAGGCAUAUUAUAAGCUUUUACCUGUUUGUGAAUUCAAGUACCAACGUGACUGAAACUUCUGCGCUAAACAGUCUUAUAACAUAGCAGUGUAUUAAAUAAGAUUUUAAGGACUGAGCAGUGUGAACGAAUACCAUCAGCAAAAUGAUGAUAAAGGUCUUCUACUAAUGGUUUCAGAUUACAGGAUUUUGUGGAUAUUUAUUGAAAUUUUCCAAGUUGUGUAGCAACGAGUUUGCUGAAGUUAUGUUGCUUGCUAUUUCAUAAUAUGUUUACGUAUAAUUACAUAAUUGUAUAUACUGUAGAGUUUCAGAAAUCAGACUAUUUUUUGUUUAAUAAAACAAUACUUUUUAAUCUAAAAAGACUUGAGACUUUGAGAAUUUAGACUCAAAUUAGACUGAAAGUAGAGAAUUUUAAUAGUCCUAAACUUAUGAGUUUUGUGCAGUAGACUGCCAAUUAAGUGAGUCAUAUUUAAAAAGUAAAGCAACAAAGGAUGUUUUCCUCCAGAUUUCCAUAUAAAAAAUACUACUUUCGACAUUUUAUUUACUUUUUAACCUUUUAGUAUUCAUUCUUUUGAAAGAAGAGAAUUUGUAAAUACUAGAUGUGUUAUUUAUUCCAGUCACAAACUCCUGCAGUCGUAUUACUAUCCUAAUUGAAACCCUCUUGAGUUGGUCUCUAGGUGUUAAUGUUGAUUUUAAGCAAGUCUUGGAACAAAGAGAAAGUUUCAAAAAGUCGUAACUUUAAGAAAAACUAGGGGUGCAAAUGUAAUUAACUAAAUAAAAGUUCCCAGUGCAAAUUCUAGUGUCAAAAUUGUUGGAUAUAUAAACAGAAGGUACUUGAAUAGAGAAGUUGUAUUAGCUGCUAGUCUUACUUGAAAGAUUUCUGCUGUUCACAAAUAACAGUGAUAAACUGGGGAACAUUCAGCAGCAAACCAUUAGCAUAAAUAGAAAACAUGCAUUUUUAAGUUCAUUGAACAGUGAACAAAUCCAUUUGCUUGUCAAUGUUUAUCAAUGAAAAAUCACAGUCUCGAAACAGGAUUUUUUACUGCACCAGACAAACAUAAGGCAGAAGACUAAAACUUGAAUUCACAGAUUUGAACUAGAAAAAAAAGGCCUGUGUUUCAGUAAGAGCAACCAUGGGAUAACUCACAAAACACUGAUAAAUUAUUUAAGUCCAGGUUAACAUUUUCAUUUAAAAAUUGCUGUAACAAUUAAGCCACAGAAAAUGCAAGGUCAAUGGUAUACAGGAGAUCAAACUGGUGUUCCCCAACUUGGCUUUGAACCUCUGUGAAUCUAAUUUUCAUAGAAUCCUGGAGUGGUUUCGGUUGAAAGGGACCUUCAAACAUCAUCUAGUCCAACCCUCUGCCACAGGCAGGGACAUCUUUUACUAGGUCAGGUUUCUGUAGGCCCCAUCCAACCUGACCUUGAAUACUUCCCGUGAUGGGGCAUCCACAGCUUCUCUAGGAAACCUUCCAGUGUCUCAACAUCCUUAUCAUAAAGGAUUUCUUUGUGAAAUUGAACCUAAAUCUAUCCUAUUUCAGUUUAAAACUGCUACUCCUUGUCCUGUCAUUAUGGGCCCUGGUGAAAAAAUCUUUCUCCAUCUUUCUCAUAAACCCCCCCUAUACAUUGAAAAGCUGCAAUAGAGUCUCCCCAGAGCCUUUUAUUCUCCAGGCUGAACAAACUUAACUCUCUCAGCCUUUUCUCAUAGGACAGGUGUUGCAGCCCUCUGACCAUUUUCAUAGUCCUGCUCUAACAGGUCCAUGUCUUUCUUGUACUGGGGACUCUAGAUGUGGAUGCAGUAUUCCAGGUGGGGUCUCACAAGAGGACAGUAGAGGGCAAGAGUCACUUCCCUUGACCUGCUGGUCAUGCUCCUUUUAAUGCAGGAUACAGUUGGCCUUCUGAGCUGCAAAUGCAUGUUCCUGGCUCACGUCCAACUUCUCAUCCACCAGUAUCCCCAAGUACUUCCCUGCAGGGCUAAGAGAUUUUAUUCCUGGCUCUUGUAGAGCAUUACUUCCUAAAAUUUUACCCGCAGAAAGAAUGGAUUAUUUUUGUGACGGAAUUUGUCCAGUACCUCUGUUUAAGGGGAAGAUGGUGUACACAUACAACUGUCUCCAUUACACCUAAGAUGUCCAGUGGGUAAUGUCAGCUAUAACUGAAAUUCCUAAUUUCAGCAUAACUGCAUUUGAGUUCUACUUCUAUGUCCUAUAAUCCAUUGCAGUACAAAAUCUGUGUGCCAAAAGACGCUUCAUUUCGAAUUUGAUCUAAUUUUAUUGGUUUUCUACCCAACUUGUUUUACUGGUAGUUCUACUUAAAAGUAUUAUCUUUUAAUAAAAAAAACCCCAAACUUCCAGAUAAGAGAAUUCUGUUAUUGACCUGUUGCAUAUGUUCUUUUUCAAUUUUUGGAAGUGAAUCAUUUUAUGAAUGAAAGGAGUUAUGUGUACUAAUGGCAAUUUAUGCUGUUUUCAAGCUUUUUAUGACAGACACUUAGAUACCUAAAGGAAAACAACGUGUUUUUAAUUCUGAACUGCAAAAUGAACAUGCACGUGUUCUGUACCGCCUUUUUAUUGGCUGUGACAAGCUGCCAAAUAUGACAGUCACUAAACCUCAACCAUUUCCUUCUGCUUCGCAAGUAGCUGCUAUUCAAACGCAGAAAGACUGAGAGCAAUUGAAAUGUGUGUUAUAGAAUACUCACUGGCUCAAUGUGUAAAAGUAAAUCAGAUAAUUACUUUCCAUUGUGUUCCUUUUCCUUGUGCUGCAUUGUUUUGGCCUUGUUUUUAAGUAUAGCAAAGUAUAAGGUAGGAAGAUAAACUUAUAAUGAAAGCAAAUAACCUGAAAUUUAAUUAGUGAGUACCUAGGAAUAACAUAGUCUUGUAUUAGAUAUUGCCUUAAAAUUUACAGUUAACAUUGGACAACAUUUUCUUUCUUUUCCCCUCAAACAUUUACACACCAUUGGAACUGUUUUACUGUGUUUAUUUUCUGCAAAGGAAGCAAUGAGCAAAAUAAUAAACAGGGAAUGCUC